AUGAGCGACGCAGCCGAGAACCCGUUCGUCGAAGAGACGCUCUCUGACGACCCUGCGGCCCCAUCCUCGCCGCCCGCCGAGCCCUCAUCGUCCGCCGAGGCCGCGCUCCCCACCUCGUCCUCAUCUCCUCCCUCGACCUCGUCGGCUCCCGCACCGCCCACGACCGCCCAGGACGCCCAGGACGACGACGACGCGCCUCUCGCGAGUGCUGCGUACCCGUUCUCGGCCGACCCGUACCCGCAGGACGAGCCGCUCCCGCCGCCCUCGUCGGCGGCGGGGAUCGUGACGAGCGAGCAGGAGGACGUGCGUGACGAGGGGGCGGGAGACGCCGCGAGGGAGCAGGAGGGGCAGGAGGACAAGGCGCAGACGCAGCCGAGGGUCUACGAGCGCACGAGGAGGGACGCGAUCCAGAUCGUCGACGCGCUCAAGACGAGCGAGGGCGCCAGCUCACCCUACAUCGUCUACUGCAUCCGCUUCGAGAACCGCGACGUGCGGCGGCGGUACUCGGACUUUGUCUCGCUGCGACAAGCGCUCGCGACGCUCCACCCGUGCUUCAUCGUGCCGCCGCUGCCGCCCAAGAACACGCUCGCGUCGUACGCCGUCGUCGGGACGCACCCGUCCAAGGCCAAGGAGGACGCCGCCCUCAUCGCGCGCCGGCGCCGCAUGCUGUCGACGUUCCUCAACCGCACGCUCGAGCACCGCGCGCUCGGCACCGACCGCGUCUUCCGGCGGUUCCUCGACCCCGAGACGCCCUGGGUCGACGUCCUCCACUCGCCGCCGGUGACGCUCGUGCCCAAGAACGCUUUGCGCGCGCCGGCGAGCGACCCGACCGACCCGGACCUGCUCGCCCUGUUCGCCAACCUCCCGCUCCCGUCGUCGUCGGCCGCGCUCCAGCACCCGGACCAGCGUUUCCUCGACAGCGAGGUCUUCACGAACAAGUUCUCGGCGCAUCUGAGCGGCUCGAUGGAGAAGGUCAACCGGCGCCUGAUGAAGCGGUGGACCGACGCGGCGGGCGACUGGGGCGAGAUGGGCGGCGGCUUGAACGGGUUUGCGCUGCGCAUGGGCGAGGAUGGGUCGGGAGGGCUCGACGAGGCGACCGAGAAGGUCGGCAUGGCGGUCGACGCGAGCUACACGCUCACCAACUCGAUGCUCGGCAAGUGGGAGCAGGACUUUACCGAGCCGCUCCAGGAGUACACCCAGUUCUCGAGCAUCAUCAAAGGCCUCCUCAAGUACCGCCACAGCAAGCACCUCCAGUACGAGGCCGCUCGCGAGCUCCUCGAGUCGAAGCGCGCCACGCUCGAAGAGCUCGAGCGCUCCGAGCUCGAGGCGCAGCGCCUCGAAAAAGCGCUCGAGCGCGUCCGCAUCGUCACGGACGACGGCGGCUCGGACCGCGCCACGUCGCCGCCGCAGGGCGCCGCCGCGCCCGUCGGUGGAGCGGCCGAGGGCGCAGGCGCAGCGACGGCGUCGCUCCCGCCGCUGCCGAGCUCGAGCGGCUCGUUGCCGGCGUCGCCGCCGGCGAGGAAAGGCGGCGGGCUCCUGAGCGCGCUCAGCCACUCGGUCAAGGGCUUCGUCGACUCUGACCCGGAGGCGACGAGGCGCAGCUCGAUCGGCAAGACGCGCGAGCAGAUCAACCAGCUCGACGACGCCAUCAAGGCGCUCACGAACGACCUCCGGUUCGCGUCGUCGACGAUCCAGGGCGACCUCGACCGGUUCCAGCGCCAGAAGGUGGGCGACCUGCGCGAAAUGUGCCUCGACUUUGCGAGCUUCCACCGCGAGUGGGCGGCAAAGAACCUCGCCAUGUGGGAGGAGGCCAAGGGCGCCAUCGACGCCAUCAUGGACGACGACUGAAGGUCGUCUCGCCCCUCUCCUCUCUCUCUGCCCCCUCGCUCCCCUCCUUGUUCCUCUCGUACACCCUCAUACCCCUCCUUUGUCUGUCUUCUUCCUUCGUGCGCAUCGUCCUGUAUGUCACUCGCGAUUCUCAACCGUC